GCUCUCUUUUCCUUUGCAGCAGGACGGAGCAGCAGCAGCAGGAGGAGGAGGAGGACAUGGCUGCCCUGGCCCUUUGCUCUGCGGCGGACCCCGGCUGCUGCCCAGGUGGGCUGCGGCUGCAGCAGGGCGCUCUUUGGCCAGCCCCUGGCAGCCCUCUGCGGGGAGGACGGCACGCUGCCCCGGCCCAUCCAGGAGCUGCUGGCUGUCCUGCAGCAGGAAGGGCCUUCGACGGAGGGCAUCUUCCGCAGAGCUGAGAGCGGGGCAGCCUGCCGGGAGCUGCGGGAGGCCCUGGACCGUGGUGCGGACGUCGACAUGGGAAGCCAGCCCGCGCUGCUGCUGGCCGUCGUCUUGAAGGACUUCCUCCGAAGCAUCCCCUCCAAGCUCCUCGUGAACAACCUCUACGAGGACUGGAUGGCAGCGAUGCAGCAGAGCAGCAAGGAGGAGAAGAUCUCGGAGCUGAAAGUGGUGGCCGAGAAGUUGCCUGCGGCCAACCUCCUCCUGCUCAAGCCGCUGCUGUCCCUGCUCCAGCACAUCGGCCGCAACGCAGGCACCAGCAGGAUGACCUCCAGCAACCUGGCCAUCUGCGUCGGGCCAAGCCUGCUGAGCCCACCCAACGAGGACCUGCUCCCGCUGGAGGCCAUGCUGGAGGUGACUGAGAAGGUGAAACGGCUGGUGCAGUUCAUGAUGGAGAACUGCAGGGAACUCUUUGGGGAGGAGGCAAGGGAGCUUUCCAGCCCGCCAGCCGAGGAGUCGCCAGCCCCCACGGAGAGAUCCAGAGAGCUGCGUUUGGAGGAGCAAAGUGUCCCCGCAGUCACAGCGGACACCGAGCGUCAGGCAGCAGCCUUGCCGCGUGCACCCCGCUCUCUGCUCGGUGUCCUCAGAGGAGCUGGGGGAGACACGGUGCUGGAGGCUGAAACGGCAGAGGCACCUCCAGCUUUGCCUCCAACUGCCCCCGAGAGCGCGGCAGACUCCCCGGGGCGCCCAGAAGCACUGGCGAGCCUUCCAGGGGACAGAAGGUUUGCAGGCUCUCCCCGGGACAAGGAGAACACGAGCAGAAACGAGAAGAGAAAAGAGGCCUGGGGAGAGGAGAGCAAAGGCCAGCCAGCAAAGAAGAGGAGGAAGAAGAGAGGAAACGUUUUGGGGCAUGGAAAGCAGAAAAGGUGCGGGAAGGCGCAGCAGGUCAGGAAGCCCAGGUGCCGAUUCAUUUUCACUGGCUGA